CAAUCCCUAAAAAGUGAUCAGGCUGAAAACGUGUUCAGUACUAUGUAGGGUUAGUGCUGUGAGUGAUUCCAACUGUGCAAAGAAGUGGACCUAACAUCUUGCAUGAGUAAGCUUUCUGUGUGCAGCCAUGAAUUCUUUCUGACACAGAGCACCUAAGUCCUAGUCUCCAGGAGAGAGCAAGAGCAAGGUUGUUUGAUAUCCAAGAAGGGGACGGCCACAGAGACAGACUGCAAACAGAGAGCUGUUUAGAAGGUGUAGGUAAUAAUGGCAGAAGAUGCUCUGUCACAUCCUGCCUUGGACAAAGAGUCUGGGGAGCAGUUUCUUCAGGAAGCAUUCCAGGUCCUGAUAGAAGAAGGUGUGAAAAAGGGGAUGGAUGUCUCUGAAAAGGUGUGUGAUUGGAUAGAGCCCGAGGAACUGAAACAAAUUCUGGACCUUGAUCUAAGAGAAAGUGGGGAACCAAAUGAGAGGUUGUUGGAGCGUUGCCGAGAUGUUAUCAGAUAUAGUGUGAAAACAUGUCAUCCACGCUUUUUUAACCAAUUGUUUUCAGGGCUUGAUCCACAUGCUUUGACUGGACGUUUCAUCACAGAGAUGCUGAACACUAGCCAGUACACUUAUGAAAUUGCCCCUGUCUUUGUUCUGAUGGAGGAAGUGGUGCUGAAGAAGCUGAGGGAACUGAUUGGCUGGGAGAGAGGAGACGGAAUAUUCUGUCCUGGGGGAUCAAUCUCCAACAUGUAUGCCAUGAAUGUGGCUCGGUACCACUGCUUCCCAGACUGUAAACAGAAGGGAACUUGGGCAAUACCAAAGUUGGCAAUGUUCACAUCACAAGAGAGUCACUACUCAGUCCAAAAAGGAGCAGCUUUCUUGGGCAUUGGCACAGACAAUGUCUACUUUGUUGCAGUGGACGAAAAAGGGAAAAUGAUCCCAGCUGACCUGGAGAAACAAAUCAGCCGGGCCAAAUCUGAGAAAGCAUUUCCCUUCUUUGUCAAUGCCACUUGUGGCACCACAGUUCUAGGAGCCUUUGACCCCGUGGCAGAGAUUGCAGAAGUUUGUGCAAGGCACAGGAUCUGGCUCCAUGUGGAUGCAGCAUGGGGUGGCAGUGCCCUCCUCUCACAAAGGCAUCGGCACCUUUUGGAUGGAAUCAAGAGGGCCGAUUCAGUGACGUGGAACCCCCACAAAAUGCUCAUGACUGGCCUGCAGUGUUCUGCCUUCUUGCUUCACGAUAGCACUGGUCUACUACAAAGGUGCCACUGUGCCAAGGCGACCUAUCUAUUCCAGACUGACAAGUUCUAUGACACAGCUUAUGAUGGGGGUGAUCAAACCAUCCAAUGUGGACGCAAAGUGGACUGCCUCAAGCUGUGGCUGAUGUGGAAAGCCAAUGGUACCAAGGGCUUGGAACAGAGAGUAGACAGGGCAUUUGCCUUCACCAGGUAUAUGACCAAUGAGAUUAAGAAGCGAGAAGGUUUUCAGCUGGUGAUAGAGCCUGAGUUUAUCAAUCUUUGUUUUUGGUAUGUGCCACCAAGUCUACGGGGACAGGAGGGUUGCACCGACUAUUCCCUGCGACUUGGGAAGGUUGCUCCUGUGAUCAAGGAGAGGAUGAUGAAGAAAGGAUCUAUGAUGGUGGGCUAUCAGCCACAGGGCAACAAAGUCAACUGCUUCCGCCAGAUUGUCACCAAUCCAGCAGUCACCAAAGAAGACCUGGACUUCUUUCUAGAUGAGAUUGAGAGGCUUGGCAAAGAUCUGUAGCAGCUAAAUUUUAUUCCCUUCUCCUUGCAGCUCAGAGCUGUGGACCCUGACAAAGAUGGGACAGACUCCCUUUGAAAUCCAGCAUUCUAUAUUUUCUUUCUCCAUUUUGUUUUUUUUUUUCUGCAUGACCUUUG